GGCGCAGCGCCCACGCCGCCAGAAGAGAGGAGCCGAGACGUGGCCUUCCUCCGCCUUCCUCAGGAUGCAGCGGCGAAACCGUAGCCGCGUCUCGCCGGACGAGGAAGGCUUCCCGGCGUCUCCUCUGGGCCCCUCGUUCCCCUCGCUCCCCUCGAGGGACGGCGAGAGCGGGGAAGUCCUCGGGGACAAGGUGGUGGCCCUGAGAAGGGCUCCCGAGGAACCUCCCCGGCGCCUGCGCCUCCGGCCGGGCGUGCCCCGGGAGAGGAACCAGCCCGGCCACUAUUCUCUGCUGAAGCAGCACCAGCAGUUCAGCGGCUUCAGGAUUCGGGACGCCUUGGCUCAGCAGGGAGGACUGAGGCUGAGGAAGGGCAGCAUGACCUACAGCAGGGGAGCCGUGCCUCUGGUGCAGCCUCAGUACCAGAUGUGUGUUCAGAUGGAGGGCGGCGUGGCCGUCCGCCAAACGGCCCUCCCGAAGGGGCCUCGGCAGUGGCGCGAAGAGUGGGGCCAAGUGCGCUUUCGGCCGCCCUUCCGCGUCCCUCGGGAGAGCCUGCCGGAGUCUCAACCAGCGUUGCCAAGUAGGAAACGCGACCGAGUGCACGUGAGCAUCUGGGAGGAAUUUCUCCUGGGAACCAAAGUCUUCAAGAAAAAUGGCAAAUGCAUUAUAAACGAACAGAGUAUGAUCAUCAGUUCAAUCAAGCAGUUCCUGAGACGAUUCUUAUCGCGGAAGAUGUCAGAUGUGGUCAUGAUUUUCAUAUAUUUUCUUAGUGUCGUCCUGCCUUGCGUAACAUACAAUAAUUACAUGGAGUUUAUAGGCUACAUUUUACUUCACGGUCACUUGAAACUGCACGAAUCUGCUUAUAACAACAAUAUCGACUUGGAUUUCACAGGAAGUGUGUUUCAAGGCCCUGGGUACAUUUGUGUAAGGUCUUGGUGUAAGCACUGCACGCUUAAGGAUGAUAUUAAAGUGUUUAACUCACUCAUGAAAAAAAUGAAAGCGGAUAUCCUGACAGCGAAAGGAGCGUGACCGUGUUAUAUUCAGAAUCAGAGAUAGUAUGUAAGGGUAUAGAGUAGAGGCUUGAGAUUGUGUGUGUUCAUUUGUGAAUUUAUUGUCAAUAUAACUUCGGACAAUCAUUACAUUGAUCAAAGUUGAGUCUGUGUGAAUGUUUGCAUAUUUAUAUACAUGUCUAUAUAAGGAGAAAAUGAUAUAUGGAAUGUAAGAGAGGUGGAGAGAUUACCAAGAAAAAUAGAACAAGAUUUUGAUUUUGCGAAAGAAAAAGCAGCUGUCGCCUUCCUUCCUGUUUGCCCAGAGGCCACGCCCCCUUUCUCUAGCUAAGAAGUUGAUUGGUUAAUGUAAAGUGGAAAACGGGAAUCAUUUACGGGUUGAUAUGAAAUAAGUUGCCUACAGUAUAAGGUCCGUAUGUAUGAUUAAAAAAAAUAUUUGUCAAAA